AAGAUGCAAGUUGCUAGUAAAUUCCCUAAAAAUGUAGGUUUUUCGCAAUUUUACAGUUUUUGAGGGUAAUAAUUAAAUAUGGAACGAGUGAAAUAUAAUUUUAAAUACAGUUUCAUCGUAAUGCGACGUGUAGGUACGACAUUAAAUGCGCUAUAAAAUAGCUAACCCCUCUUCGACCCAAAGUUUGUGAUCAAUAAGUAGAUCAGUUAUUGAACCUAUUAUAUAUGUAUUUCGUAUAGGUAAUUUGAUACAUUACAUGGAAUUUAUCUCAUUACUAAGUACCUACUAUUAAUUUAAAAUAAUCGACUGCAAUGGAAUAAUGACCACUUUUAAAUGAUUUGUGUGGGUUUGUUAUUAUUGUAGUCGUAUUCGUUCAUUACGAGUUUUAGUUGUGUCUUUACUGUUGAUAUUUCAGAUUCAAUGCAAUUAAAUAAUUAACUUAGUACACUGCCACUUUUCUGCUGUCAACGUACGUCGUCUGCUAACAAAGCACUGUUUGCCCACCAUUCUGUCAAAUUCAAUUGGAAUCAAAGAUGGCCUCCCACUAGCAGUCUAUAUAUCUCUAGGUCGUUGGGAAAAGAUCCUUUCCUAAUUUUUGGUAAGCGUAAAUACACUACGUCUAAUAGAAACACCAACUCCCUGAUACAGCAAGUAAAUUAUAAACCAAAUGAUGGUUGCGUCAACUAGUCAAUGCGUAAACAAAACACUAAACAGACCUACAAGCUGGUUGAUUUUACAACCAUCUGGCAGGCAUGGAAAUGAACCAUAUACUUUUGACACAAAUACAAAAAUUAAAAUUUUUUAGAUUUUGUCAUCUGCUUUAUAAAACUUGAAAUUUUGAGUAAUAAUCUGGAAAAAAGAAAAAUACAUUUGUUUGUGAAACUUAUAAGAAAACGGAAAAUUUUAGAUGCCGUAUAGAGAAUUUUAAUAUUACUCUGUUGUUUACAUUGCUGUUGCAUCAACUUCAAGCGUCAACUGUUUUUGUCUAGCCUUGCCGUAAUAAAACGAACGACACUCGUUUAAUAAAAUAUUUCAAUCGAAAUAAUAGGAGGUAUUGUACUUUUAAAAUGUCGCAGAAUAGGUUAAAUGAUUUAGCUAGUCGCUUCAUGAAGAAUCCAAAAGGCGUAGGAACAGGAAUGAAACUUUUAGCAACAGUAGGCGUUGCUGGAUUCGGCGUCGCGCAGUCUAUGUUUACAGUGGAGGGCGGUCACAGAGCAAUCAUAUUCAGUAGGAUCGGAGGCAUACAGAAGCAGAUCCUGGCCGAGGGUCUCCACUUCCGCAUCCCGUGGUUCCAGUACCCCAUCAUUUAUGACAUCAGGUCCCGGCCGCGCAAGAUCUCGUCACCGACCGGCAGCAAAGACCUUCAGAUGGUGAACAUCUCUCUGCGCGUGCUGUCGCGGCCCGACGCGUCCAAGCUGCCCGAGAUGUACCGCCAGCUGGGGCAGGACUACGACGAGAAGGUACUUCCGUCUAUCUGCAACGAGGUUCUUAAGAGCGUGGUGGCCAAGUUCAACGCGUCGCAACUGAUCACUCAGCGGCAGCAGGUGUCGCUGCUGGUGCGGCGCGAGCUGGUGGAGCGCGCGCAGGACUUCAGCAUCAUUCUGGACGACGUGUCCAUCACGGAGCUGAGCUUCGGCAAGGACUACACGGCGGCCGUGGAGGCGAAGCAGGUAGCUCAGCAGGAGGCUCAGCGUGCAGCCUUCGUGGUGGAGCGCGCCAAGCAAGAGCGCCAGCAGAAGAUCGUGCAGGCGGAGGGUGAGGCGGAGGCUGCCAAGAUGCUGGGGCAGGCCAUGGGCAAGAACCCGGGCUACCUGAAGCUGCGCAAGAUCCGCGCUGCGCAGAACAUCGCGCGCACGAUCGCAAACUCGCAGAACAGGGUGUUCCUCAGCGGCAACAGCCUCAUGCUCAACAUCAGUGACCCGGAGUUCGACAACCUCAGUGAGAAGCUGAUCAGGAAGUAGCCCGAGCCGGAAAGUGUAGCAGCCGCCUCUCAGACACAUUUGGAAUGCUGAACUUAUCUGCUCUGUGCUGAGUUGUUUUUCUCUAUUAAAGCCAACUUUAUAGUAUAAAAAUUUUUUUGGAGAUUGUUUAGUUUUGUAACUUUUAAUAUGAUAGUAUUUAGUUUGAAAAUAUUACAUUAUUGUUCAUUACUCAUUAGGUAUAUUUCUUGCAAUUUCAUCAUCAAUAGUACCCCCAAUCAUGUACCAAGAAUUUUAAUGUUAAUUAUUCUUAGGUCUGUAAGUACUUCAAGGAAUUUUUGAGAGAAUUUGCAACCCAAUACCAUAACAAUAUUGACACUAACAUGGUGGUACUGAUGUCAUUAUUACCACCCCGGCAUUCUUACAGAAUGAGCGCAGGAAUGUAGUGGUAUUGAGCAGAGAACAUUCACAUGCUUAUUUUGCUUAAAAUAUGUUACUUUCUUUACUGAACUAUUGAUUAUUGUAUUGUAUGCUAAUUAUAAUAUAAAACACAAUACUGAAGAUGCAGUUCCUACAGUAUCAUACUAUAUAGUACUAUAAUCCCGCCUGGUUUAGUAUAUUUUGCAAUACAGCUUUUUAUAAUUUAGUCAUUUUAAAAUAUGAUUUUGAUAUUCUAGGUAUCAUAAAGUAUACUAUAGUCUUACCAGUUCUAGUAUAGAACAUGAUACCUUUUAAUAUAACAUCCACCGUAUCAUAUUCUAUUCUGCAAUACCAUCCGGUUUAGUAUAUUUUGCGAUACUAUAUUUGUGUAAUUUAAUUGUUUAUAAUUUUGUUAAAUAAAUUAAAUUUCUAAGUUAUUGUAAAGUAUGCUUCAGCUGUAUCUAUUCUAGGAUAGAAUCAAUACCAAUAAUGUAUUCCAUAUUUUAAUGUGAGAAACAUUUGUACUAAGCAAGCAUGUGAAUCUUCCCGUCCAAAACAUCCUAUUGCCACACUUGUACUGUGAAGACAUACGGGCAGAGCUGGGCAAAAUACUUUGAAAAUGUAUUUGAAAUACAAAUUACAAAAUA